CUUCUUCUUCUUCUUCUUCUGCUUCUGCUUCUGCUUCAGAGAGAGAGUGAUUAAGGAAUGGCAAUGAAGAGAGCUACUGCAUCUGUAAUUAGAACAGUUUGGGGUUCUGGGGUUGUAGAACCAUUACCUAUCUCCAGAUCACUCCAUGCAUCUCCAGGGAGCAAGAAGAUAGUUGGGGUGUUUUACAAGGGUAAUGAGUAUGCCUCAUCCAAUCCCAACUUUGUGGGUUGUGUGGAGAAUGCUUUGGGCAUUUCACAGUGGCUGGAAUCACAAGGCCAUCAGUAUAUUGUCACCGAUGACAAAGAAGGCCCUAAUUGUGAACUUGAAAAACAUAUUCCUGAUCUCCAUGUUCUGAUAUCAACCCCUUUCCACCCGGCAUAUGUUACAGCAGAGAGGAUUAAGAAAGCCAAAAAUUUACAACUUCUUUUAACAGCCAGAAUCGGCUCUGAUCACAUUGACCUGCAAGCUGCAGCUGAUACUGGAGUAACAGUUGCUGAAGUUACUGGAUGUAAUGUUGUUUCAGUUGCAGAAGAUGAGCUCAUGAGAAUCCUCAUCCUUGUACGAAAUUUCUUACCUGGUUAUCAUCAAGUGAUUAAUGGGGAUUGGAAAGUUGCUGGUAUUUCUCAUAGAGCAUAUGAUCUUGAAGGGAAGACAGUAGGAACUGUAGGUGCAGGGCGCAUUGGUAAGCUUUUGCUCCAACGGUUGAAGCCCUUCAACUGUAAUCUCCUCUAUCAUGAUCGGCUCAAGAUGGAGCUGGAAAUGGAGGCUCAGACGGGGGCAAAGUUUGAGGAGGAUCUUGAUGUAAUGCUUCCAAAGUGUGACGUAAUUGUUAUCAACAUGCCUCUUACGGAGAAAACAAGAGGGAUGUUUGACAAAGAAAGGAUUGCAAAGUUGAAGAAGGGAGUUCUAAUCCUGAAUAAUGCUCGAGGGGCAAUCAUGGAUACUGAAGCAGUUGUUGAGGCAUGCUCCAGUGGACAAAUUGGAGGUUAUAGUGGUGAUGUGUGGCAUCCCCAACCAGCUCCCAAGGAUCAUCCAUGGCGAGGCAUGCCAAACCAGGCAAUGACACCUCAUGUUUCUGGCACCACAAUUGAUGCUCAGUUGCGGUAUGCAGCUGGAACUAAGGACAUGCUGGAUAGGUACUUCAAGGGAGAAGAGUUCCCAGCACAAAAUUACAUUGUCAAGGAGGGUAAAAUUGCCAGUCAGUAUCUCUGAUUCCGCAUCUCCUCAAAUAUGCGGAUAGUCUACUCAAGGAGAGUCUUUGUUAUGCAAAUAAAACUAGUUCACUAGAUGCUUA